UUUGAAAUCUGGGCUACUCCCCUUUCUCCUCCGCAGCGGCUCUCCCUACCAAACCCUCGGAAGCUUUCGAACCCCGAAGACGCGGGCGUACAGCUCUUGCCCUUCGGUGGGCCAACCAGAUCCACGGCGGCAGCCUCGCUACUUCCGCUGCUUCCUUGUGCCGCGCGUGCUCUUCCUUCCCCAAAACAAAACCCUCAGACCUCUCCUCCCUCUUCGUCCGAAGCGAUAAUAGCCCCUUGUUCCCCUCCCGCAGAGAAGAUGAUAAAGAGGCGUUUCUACAAGCAAGACCACGAUGGGGAUAAGGGCGGCUCCUCCUCUUCCGACUCCUCUUCCGACUCCGACUCCGCUUGUGAUACUACCACCAAAGAAGAGGAAGAGGAAGAGGCGGAGGAGGAGGAGGAGGAGGACGAACUAAAAGAUGAAGGAGAACAAGAAGCCCAGGAAGAGGAAGGAGAACAAGAGCGAGAUGGUGAUCAAAGGCCUUUCUCUCCUUCCCCUGGUUCAGGAUAUGAGAGUGAGGACAGCUCGGAAAAUGUUCUCGAUGGGAAUUGUUCUGCUGUUGAUGAGGAAGAUGGUUUUGACAGUGGUCGUGGAAACCAUCAAAAUAGGCCGUUUAUUAGGAAUAUUCGGGAUGGAGAAUCCAAUUGUUUAGAUGCUGCCCGUAAUUCCCCUAAUAUAAAUGAUCCUUCUGACCCUGAUUUUGCUAGUUUUAUUUUAAAAUGCAAGUCAGUCUUUAAGUGCCGUCUUUGUCCCCGGAUUAUCUGCUUGAGUGAGGAAACAGUCAGGGCACAUCUCACAUCAAAGAGACAUGCACGUUCCAAGAAAUUAUUAGGAGAAGGGAGGCUCAAACUGAUGCUCAAUAGUGAUGGCGAGCUAGAGGAAGAUCAAGAAACACAUGCUGAAAGGCAUGCUCGGACCAUAGCUCUUGCUCAGGAACCGCUUGCAAACAAGAAAAAAGAUACUGGUCGUCAGCGACAGAGUCGCAGAAGGAAAAAGAGGCUGCGAAACCAUUCUGAGAAGCAGGCAGAAGGGCCAAUGAACGACCACAUCAAGAGAAGGUGCAAAGCGGAAGAACAGAAAAUAAAGUAGUUUUCACGGCAUCGUGCUUUCUGGCAUUCGUUUCAGUGCUUUGCAUUUUAAUUGAGGUUUGGUGGUCUUACAAGGGGACUUGAGCCUCAUUUGUUAUUGAUGUCCUUUUUUUUUCUGGCUUUUACAAAUAAAAAUUCUAUAUGGUUGGUUGUUGGUAGAUGGACUACCCUACUAUUCUCAUCGUUGACCAGCUUGCAAUGUAACUCAGCGGGAUGCCGGAAGGUAUCUUAUAUUUAAAAAUUUAAAGAAAUGGAAAGAAGUAAACUAUAAA